AUGGGAGUGACGGCGCACUGGAGUGGCGGCGCACGGGAGUGGCGGCGCACUGGAGUGACGGCGCACUGGAGUGGCGGCGCACGGGAGUGGCGGCGCAUGGGAGUGGCGGCGCACGGGAGUGGGGGCGCAUGGGAGUGGCGGCGCACGGGAGUGGGGGCGCAUGGGAGUGGCGGCGCACGGGAGUGGGGGCGCAUAGGAGUGGCGGCGCACGGGAGUGGGGGCGCAUGGGAGUGGCGGCGCACGGGACUGGCGGCGCAUGGGAGUGAGGAGGAGGCGAGCGGCGUGGGCACGCAAGGGGUGAGGGAGUGUGCAAGCUUCUCAUUCGCUGGCACACUCAGCACAGCAGCGGCGCUCGCGCUCUUGCCCCGCGCGCCUGCCGCACCUCUCACGCGCGCCGCUCGGCUGCUCGCUCUGGUCCCCGCUGCUGCUCCCGUUCGCUUUCUUCCGCUCAUUUUUCGCGGCCCCUCUCCCUCCAUCUUUCUCGCUCACACGCUUCCCCCGCGCACCUCUCGCUCAGCGGGCGGAACAAAUCGUCCGCCCUCCUCCUCCUUUGCGCCCAUGCCUCCGCCGCUAUGCCUUCAUUCCAAAAAGUCUGACGGCCUCUCAGCUGACGGCCGCUCAGCUGACGGCCGCUCAGCUGACGGCCGCUCAGCUGACGGCCUCUCAGCUGACGGCCUCUCAGCUGACGGCAUCUCAGCUCACAGCCUCUCAGCCCUCUCCCCCGUCUCCCGCUUUCCCUCCCCCACUUCCUUUCGCUUCCCACCCUAA